AUGGUCCAACUCGAGCCCCAAGCUACAACUGAUCUCCUGCCCAUCGUCGACCUCGGCCUCUACCUCGAGAACCCCGAUUCCGCGGAGGCCAUUGCAGAGUGCAAGAAGGCUGCCGAUGCAAUCCGCGACUAUGGCGCUUUGAUCGUCAAGGAUCCCCGCGUGACAGAGAAGGAGAACAAUGACUUUAUCGACAUGAUGGAGGACUAUUUCAACCAGCCCUUCGAUGUCAAACUGAAGGACGCCAGGCCCGAGUACGGCUACCAGGUCGGAGUCACCCCCGAGCUGACUGAGGACCCCAAGUGCCACAAGGACCCUCACUGCGUUGAUAUUAUCGAUCAUAUCCCAGAGGCCAACAGACCCUUGAAGUUCGACGGCCCAGAUCCCAAGUGGCGCUUUUUCUGGCGCGUGGGCGAGCAACCCCCAAGCACACAGUUCCCUCGCCUCAACGCCGAGCCUGUUGUUCCUGAAGCUUUCAAGGAUGUGUGGCCUACGACAAUGGACGCAUGGGGCAGCACUCUCCAUAGGGCUGUGUUGGGUCUAGCAGAGAUGAUCGCGGUCGGAUUCGAACUGCCCAGAAAGACAUUUGUGGAUAUGGCCAAGUACGGUCCUCAUUUGUUGGCACCCACGGCCAGUGAUCUGAACAAGUACAACAAGGUCGGCACAGUCCUUGCUGGAUUCCAUUACGAUCUCAACUUUUUGACCAUUCAUGGCAAGUCGCGUUACCCUGGCUUGAACAUCUGGCCCCGCAACGAGUCCGAGAAGUUGGCAGUCCGCGUUCCUGACGGUUGCUUGUUGGUCCAAGCUGGAAAGCAGUUGGAGUGGUUGACGGGCGGUGUGGUGCAGGCUGGAUACCACGAGGUGGUCGUGAACGAGGCCACAGUGCGUGCGAUCGAGAACAAGACGAACGACCGCCCCCUGUGGAGAAUCUCGUCGACCUUCUUCUUGCACAUUGCGUCCGAUAAUGUGCUGCGUCCAUUGGAGGGUGUCUUCGAUACGGAGGAGGCCCGUGCAGCCAAGUACCCCAAGAUCCAUACUGGCGAUCAGGUCAGGAAGGAGCUGGGACUUAUCGCCCUUUUGGAGAAGUAA